UCUCCGAGCCGUUGAUUCGACGUUCAGUCGGAUAGUCCAGGUGUUGAAGGGUUUAAAAGUCCGCCAUUUUAGGCCUUGGUGGACUACGAAUUGACCACUGGUUGAGUCCCAUUGCGAUCAUGUUACAAUCCCCGUCAUCUUCCGCCCCAGCUACAGUAGCUGUAGCCGAGGGGGUCGAUAAGACAAGAAGAUUGCGCCGAAAGAGAAAGGCAGAGACACAAGAUAAUGAACGUCUUUCUAAACGCUUGAGUCUCCUUAAUCUGGAACAGAGCGGGAACAAGUUAUACGUCCCUGUCGAACAACCAACAACCUCGAUUUCUUCUGCUGCUCUAGUUCCUACCCCUUCCAAUGUUGCUUCGAAUACAGUUCCCGAUGAGACCAUGCAAUUAGACGAUUCCAAACAUAAAGUGUACAUCUACAACAUGGAUGAUGAGCUCUCCUCCGAUAGCGACAGCGAUGACCCGGGCAAGCUUGUCUUCCUACCAGAUAUCGAGAAGCAUCUGCGCGCGAAUCGCAUCCCCCCAUCGGUAUUAGCUAACAGCGAGGGAGAGCUAGCCGGCAUGCAGGUAGUGCUGUAUAGUGAUCCCAAGUCGUUGACGGUGCCAGAGGACAAAGAUAGUGUGCGCAAGGCCAUCAUCGAGUCGAGAAAUCGCACAAGAGAGCUACAGCGGUUAGAAAGGGAGGGUAAAACGGAGGCCCCAACGAUACAGGACGCCACAUUGAAUACUGUUAUUGCCACGAGUACGGACGACGACCCAGACGCGAUGGACUUGGACUAGAGGAUGGGAACCGUAUAUGACGCCCGAUACACACACUUAUAUAUACCCAAGGCGACUGGCGUUUGUUUACUGUGAAUUGGAAAAGAGAACCUGGCAAGAGGAUGCAAGAAAACUUAGGACCUCUAUCCUAAGUGAUGAAAAUACUUAGGUAAACUUGUUAUAACUUAGAUCAGAUAUUUU